UACGAUCCUGGAGGAGGAAAAGCUGCAGCAGGAAGAACGACUAAGGAUGGAGUCCAGGCGACAAGUGACCGUGUCCUGGGAUUCUGGAGGAUCCGAUGAAGCUCCUCCCAAGCCCAGCAGACCCGGUUAUCCCAGUCCAAGAUCAAGUGAAGGAUUUUAUCCCAGUCCACAGCACAUGAUACAACCCAAUCACUACCAGGUUUCAGGCUAUCCCGGUUCCCAUGGAAUUCCAUCCCUGGCAGGUAGCAUUUAUCCAGGACAAGCUUCUCUGUUGGAUCAAACAGAUUCCUGGAACCAUCGGCCUCAAGAAAUAUCCAUGUGGCAACCCAACAUGGAG